AUGAUUCCAAAUCAGGGCUCUACUAUUCAGACACCAUUGCCCGCUGGUGCAGCCAUCAGGAGGUAUCCUCCCUCUCAGCAGCCUCCCCCAGAAAGCCCUCCCCAGGUGCCGCCUCCUCCCAACAACCCACCACAGCCGGCACCACAGCUGCCCGAAAAAAUCCUGCCGGGGCAGGCGGGCCUGCCCCAGGCCCCGUUCGGGCAGGCGCCGGGAAAGCUGUGGGAGGGAAGGCGGUGGUGA